CGAGAAUGUAAAGAAGACACUGAACAAUCAUGAAGAUCCUUUCUGUCCUGCUUGUGGUUCUGGGCUCUUUUGUGGCCAUAAAUGGCAAAAAAUGUCCACGGAAUCAGAAAUAUUUAACUUGUGGUGGCUGCGACCAAGUUUGCAAUAAAGAACCAAUCUUCUGCGCAGCGGUUUGCGGACCACCUGGAUGUUAUUGCCUCCAAGGUUAUUACAGGGAGAAUCCAUCCAAUCAGAGUGCUUGCGUUUCUCGCUCAAAUUGCCCAGCUCAACCACAAUGCCGGAUAAACGAAGUAUAUAAAGAUUGCGGCAGCUGCGAUCAAUACUGUAAUGAGGAACCAAUAUUCUGUACUGCGGUCUGCAGGGAUCCCGGUUGUUAUUGCCAAGACGGCUUCGUGAGAGCGUUUAGAGGUCCAGACAGCAUCUGCAUCCCGCCAGAAAGCUGUCCACGUGCUAACGAUCAAAGUUCUUCUUUGAUUCAAAAUAAUGGUCCACCACAAUGCCGGAUAAACGAAGUAUAUAAGGAUUGCGGCAGCUGCGAUCAAUACUGUAAUGAGGAACCAAUCGCCUGUACUGCGGUCUGCAGGGAUCCCGGUUGUUAUUGCCAAGACGGCUUCGUGAGAGCGUUUAGAGGUCCAGACAGCAUCUGCAUCCCGCCAGAAAGCUGUCCACGUGCUAACGAUCAAAGUUCUUCUUUGAUUCAAAAUAAUGGUCCACCACAAUGUCGAAUAAACGAAGUAUAUAAAGAUUGUGGCAGCUGCGAUCAAUACUGUAAUGAGGAACCAAUCGCCUGUACUGCGGUCUGCAGGGAUCCCGGUUGUUAUUGCCAAGGCGGCUUCGUAAGAGCUUUUAGAGGUCCAGACAGCAUCUGCAUCCCGCCAGAAAGCUGUCCACGUGUUAACGAUCAAAGUUCGUCUUUGAUUCAAAAUAAUGGUCCACCACAAUGCCGAAUAAACGAAGUAUAUAAAGAUUGUGGCAGCUGCGAUCAAUACUGUAAUGAGGAACCAAUAUUCUGUACUGCGGUCUGCAGGGAUCCCGGUUGUUAUUGCCAAGACGGCUUCGUGAGAGCGUUUAGAGGUCCAGACAGCAUCUGCAUCCCACCAGAAAGCUGUCCACGUGCUAACGAUCAAAGUUCUUCUUUGAUUCAAAAUAAUGGUCCACCACAAUGCCGAAUAAACGAAGUAUAUAAAGAUUGUGGCAGCUGCGAUCAAUACUGUAAUGAGGAACCAAUAUUCUGUACUGCGGUCUGCAGGGAUCCCGGUUGUUAUUGCCAAGACGGCUUCGUGAGAGCGUUUAGAGGUCCAGACAGCAUCUGCAUCCCACCAGAAAGCUGUCCACGUGCUAACGAUCAAAGUUCUUCUUUGAUUCAAAAUAAUGGUCCACCACAAUGCCGAAUAAACGAAGUAUAUAAAGAUUGUGGCAGCUGCGAUCAAUACUGUAAUGAGGAACCAAUAUUCUGUACUGCGGUCUGCAGGGAUCCCGGUUGUUAUUGCCAAGACGGCUUCGUGAGAGCGUUUAGAGGUCCAGACAGCAUCUGCAUCCCGCCAGAAAGCUGUCCACGUGCUCAAGAUCAAAGCUCAUCCUACAGUCAAAAUACAGGAGUUCAAGAUCAAAGUAUAUCCUUUUCUCAGGAUAUAGUUCUACCAACCUGCGGAAUAAACGAAGAAUACAACUAUUGUGGCGGUUGUGAUCAGUACUGUAACGAGGGGCCGGUUUUCUGUACCGCUGAUUGCAAGGAUCCCGGCUGUUACUGUAAAGAAGGCUACUUGAGGGCAUUUAGAGGUCCAAACACCAUCUGCAUCCCUCCAGAAAGCUGUCCAAGUGCUCCAGAUCAAAGUCGUCCAUUCUUACCUCAAAAUACAUAUUACCAGUGUGGUGAUAACGAAAUAUUCGAAAAUUGUGGCGUCGGAUGGGAAUGCGAAAACUACUGUGGAAGAGGCGCAAAUGUGUGCGCAUAUUGCGAACCUGGCUGUUACUGCAAGCCUGGCUAUAUAAGAGAUGGCCCUGAAUACGACGCUAUAUGCAUUCCGGCAGAUCAAUGUCCACGUGCUCAAGAUUCAAGCUUAGAUUUCAGUCAAGAUGCGGCAUAUCAGUGUGGUGAUAACGAAGUAUUCAACAAUUGUGGCGUCGGAUGGGAAUGCGAAGACUACUGUGGAAGAGGCGCAAAUGCGUGCGCAUAUUGCGAACCUGGCUGUUACUGCAAGCCUGGCUACAUAAGAGAUGGCCCUGAAUACGAAGCUGUAUGCAUUCCGGCAGAUCAAUGUCCUCGCGCACCAGUUGAAAUCUCAUACGCGGUUCAAGAUGCAGGUAUUCAGUGUGGAGCAAACGAAGUGUACGAUGUAUGUGGAGUUGGACAGGUAUGCGAAGACUAUUGUGGAAGAGGCGCGAAUGUUUGCGCUUAUUGCCAGCCUGGCUGUUACUGCAGACCUGGCUACAUAAGAGAUGGCCCUGAAUCCAAUGCUGUAUGCAUUCCGGAAGACCAGUGUCCGCGUGCACCAAUUGCUAUCUCAUCCGUAUCACAAGAUGCAGGACCUCUUGCUCCAAUUGUAAUCUCCUCUUUUGUCGAAGACGCAGGUAUUCAGUGUGGAACAAACGAAGUGUACGAUGGAUGUGGAGUUGGAAAGGGAUGCGAAGACUAUUGUGGAAGAGGCGCGAAUGUGUGUGCUUAUUGCCAGCCUGGUUGUUACUGCAGACCUGGCUACAUAAGGGAUGGUCCUGAAUCCAAUGCUGUAUGCAUUCCGGAAGAUCAGUGUUAG